AGCAGCAGCCUUAAGAUGAACCUCAAUAGCAACUUCCUCCCCAAUCCUCAUUCCUCUUCUUCUUUUUCUUCUUCUGCUUAAUUGCCUUCCGAUUGUUGCAGAGUGAAUCAUGGAGUCCAUUCUAUCGAUCUUGGAUUCCAUCUUCCGCCCCGUGGUGGCCUUCUUCACCCGCACCUUCGGCUACGCCAUGUCCUGCGAGCAGUACAUCGAGUCGCUCCAAAAGGAGAUGGGCGAGCUGCGGAGCAAGCGCGACGACGUCAAGCGAGAGGUCGAUCGCGAGGCCCGCCAGGGCAUGGAAGCCACCAACGAGGUCAUGCUCUGGCUCCAAAACGUCGAGCGCCUGGAGGAGGAGGCGGCGCGCAUCACGGACGACUUCGAGACCCACUACGCCAACCCGGCCGCCGAUGACUCCCGGUCCAAGCUCGUCGUCAGCUACCACCUCAGCAAGCGCGCCGAAGACGCCUGCGGCGAGGCCACCGUGCUCAAAACGAAGUCCCACUUCAACAAGGUCGCCGAUCGGCUGAUGCCGAUCCGCUUCGAGGAGCGCCCCAGCGCGCUCACCGUAGGCAUGGACUCAAUGAUCGAGCAGCUUCGGAAGGCAUGUGAUGACGAUGUGGGCGUCAUUGGGAUCCAUGGCAUGGGCGGCGUCGGAAAGACGGCGCUCCUCAACCGGUUCAACAAUGAGGUGCUCGUCCAGGUGGCACACCUCGACGUGGUGAUUUCAGUCAAGGUCACCCGUAAUUUUGACGUGGAGAAGAUCCAACGCGAGAUCGGCGACCGAAUCGGACUCUCGUGGGACGAGAGAAAGAGCGACGACGAGCGGAGCAUGGUCCUCUUCAAGGUGCUCAGCAGGAUGCGUUUCGUGCUGCUGCUGGACGACCUGUGGGAGCCGCUGGACCUCUCUAUAGUGGGCAUUCCCACCCCCACCGGCGCUUCCAAAAUCAUCCUCACCACGCGGAUCGAGGACGUUUGCGACCGCAUGGACGCGAGGAAGAUGAGGAUGGAGUGCUUGGAAUGGGAGGACGCCUGGGAGUUGUUUGAGAAAAAGGCUGGGAGAGGAUUGGGUACGCUCCUCCGUGGCGACCCCGACAUCCGCCGCCAUGCCGAGGACCUUGCCCAGCGAUGCGGUGGACUUCCUUUGGCGCUGAUCACGCUCGGACGGGCUAUGGCGAGUAAGCGGACCGCCAAGGAGUGGCAUCAUGCCGUCACGACGCUCGCCAACACACCAUGGCAUCUUCUGGGCAUGGAGGAGAGCGUUCUACAGCCUCUGAAGCUGAGCUAUGACAAGUUAAACGAUGACAGAUUGAAAACUUUCCUUCUUUACGCAUCUUUACUCAUGAACAAGAUGCCAAUGCACAAUGCCACCGUCAUCAAUUUGUGCAUAGGGGAAGGAGCAAUCAACGAGUUCGAUGACCCAGAGGAUGCUUACAGCAAGGGGUAUCACCUCCUUGGAGUCUUGAAAGCGGCGUCCCUACUUGAAAGCAGCGGCGAUGACUAUGUGCAAAUGCAUCCUUUUGUCCGCGCCAUGGUGUCGUGGAUCAUCUGUGAACAUGGGAAGAAGGAUGGAAAAUGGCUGGUGCAAGUCGGUACUGGACUAGCUGAAGUACCUGAUUAUGAGAAAUGGGAACAUGCAGAAAGGGUCUCAUUGGUGUCCAAUGAGAUAUGCUCAUUGCCCGAGGAUCCUUACUGCCCAGAGCUCUUGACGCUUCUUCUAAGUCGCAACUAUGAGCUAAGCAAGAUUCCCAACAGCUUCUUCCUUUCCAUGCCACGCCUCAAAGUCCUGGAUCUGUCUCGCACUUCAAUCAAGGAAUUGCCACCUGAAAUUGGUAAGGUGCUUACGCUCCAACACCUUGAUCUUUAUGAAACAAACAUUGCAUCGCUACCAAAAGAAUUGGGCAAUUUGGUUAAGCUCAAAUCAUUGCUGCUUUCAAGCACUCCUCUCCUUAAGGAAAUCCCACAUGGAGUGAUUGCUCGCUUCACUGAGUUGCGAGUUUUGUCUAUGAAUGACAGCUAUGGUAACUGGAGAGUGAGUUCCUCUGGACCAGGGAUUAACUUUGAGGAAUUGGAAGGAUUGAAGCGGCUAAGAUAUCUUGAUAUUACCCUGCAGAAUGCAAGCACUCUGCAAAGGUUGUCACGGGCUCGCCGUCUUUCCAUGUCCACUCGUUAUCUGCAUAUAAGAGGUUGUCUUGGACUAACGACUAUUCAUUUACCUUCUACUUCUCUUGGGAGAUAUAUGAAAGGCUUACGGGGCCUUCGUAUAUCUCAAUCUAGCAUAUUGGAAGAAAUAAUAGUUGGUGGUGGCAGUACUAUUGGUGAAUGGUCAUUGCUUCCGAACUUGCAUGUUCUUAUCCUCCAGCAUUUGCUCAAAGCAAAGUUUGUCUUUAGGGAUCGGAAUUUUCAAAACCUUCGGUUCUUGUAUGUUUGGUACUGCAUUGGUUUAGAGCAAUUGGUCAAGUUUGAAGAUGAACUGAGCGAAGGGCAAGAAUCUGAAGUCAUCACUGCCUUUCCCCAUCUCAAAGAGUUGCAUCUUGCUUCCCUACCAGAGUUGAAGAGCUUAGGAGGUGAAAGAGUGCUGGCAUUCCCCUGCUUGAGAGUUCUUGAGGUGAAGGAGUGCCCCAAGCUCAAGGAACUUAGUAUAACUGGAGAUGGACUGACACAGAUCUGUUGCAAACAAGAAUGGCGGGAUGGAUUGGAGUGGAAAGAUGAGAAAAUUAAAGAAGCUCUCUUUCCCCUUUUUACACCAUUACAGUAGGUAACUGUUUUUUCUCAAGGAAGGGUGGAUAUUGCAGAACCAGAGAAACGUUUCAUGAGUCUUCACAUCUGGAUAUUGCAGCAAUUGAUUCUUGAUCUAUUUCUUUUCCCUCUUUCUCCUUAUUGUUGUAAUUGGUGAGUCCCGUGGAGUUUAUUAAAAUUGUUGAGUGGCAAAAUGUCUUUUUAUCCUAACGUCAUCUGUUCAAACUUUGUGUCAUCUUAGAAAAUUUUCUAUUCUCAUAGGAUAUUUUGGUCGGAAAUGAUCCUCUCACAUUUCAAUUUACAUUUACAGUAUCUCACUGUACCUUAAAUUUCAGUGAUAAUAAUUCAGCUGUGGUCCAUGCUCAGAAGGUU